AUGCCAUCCUCACACCCCACCCAUUCCUCACCCCUACCUGCCAUCCUCACACCCCACCCAUUCCUCACCCCUACCUGCCAUCCUCACACCCCCCACCCAUUCCUCACCCCUACCCAUCCUCACACCUCACACCCCAACCAUUCCUCACCCCUUCCUCACCCCUACAUGCCAUCCACACCCCACCCAUUCCUCACCCCUACAUGCCAUCCUCACACCCCACCCAUUCCUCACCCCUACAUGCCAUCCCCACACCCCACUCAUUCCUCACCCCUACAUGCCAUCCUCACACCCCACCCAUUCCUCACCCCUACAUGCCAUCCUCAAACCCCACCCAUUCCUCACCCCUACAUGCCAUCCUCACACCCCACCCAUUCCUCACCCCUACAUGCCAUCCCCACACCCCACUCAUUCCUCACCCCUACAUGCCAACCUCACAUCCCACCCAUUCCUCACCCCUACAUGCCAUCCCCACACCCCACCCAUUCCUCACCCCUACAUGCCAUCCCCACACCCCAAUUCCCACCCCUACCCAUUCCUCACCCCUACCAUGCCACACCCCAUCCAUUCACCCCUACAUGCCACCCCACACCAUUCCUCACCCCUACAUGCCAUCCUCACACCCCACCCAUUCCUCACCCCUACAUGCCAUCCUCAAACCCCACCCAUUCCUCACCCCUACAUGCCAUCCUCAAACCCCACUCAUUCCUCUCCCCUACAUGCCAUCCCCACACCCCACCCAUUCCUCACCCCUACAUGCCAUCCCCACACCCCAUCCAUUCCUCACCCCUACAUGCCAACCUCACAUCCCACUCAUUCCUCACCCCUACAUGCCAUCCCCACACCCCACCCAUUCCUCUCACCUUCUUUCAUUCGCCUGAACCUACUCUUUCCAUUCGUCACCCCUACAUGCCAUCCCCACACCCCACCCAUUCCUCACCCCUACAUGCCAUCCCCACACCCCACUCAUUCCUCUCCCCUACAUGCUAUCCCCACACCCCACCCAUUCCUCACCCCUACAUGCCAUCCCCACACCCCAUCCAUUCGUCACCCCUACAUGCCAUCCCCACACCCCAUCCAUUCGUCACCCCUACAUGCCAACCUCACAUCCCACUCAUUCCUCACCCCUACGUCCCAUCCUCACACCUGAAGCUGUUUGAAGCAUAG